AUGUCGAAACCUUUAGAUGAUGAUACAAAGAAAAGGUUUAUCGCGGAGGGAGGUUUGACGGUGGAUAGUUACGAGGCGACAACAGACAGAUUGGAGCAGGCGAAUUUGAACAUGAGGACUUUGCAGCGUAUAGCUAAUAUGACCACCGGCGAGCCCUCACUAGUAGAAGAGGUCAAGGCGCUCAAAAUCAAGGAGAGAAUCGAAGCCGAAGAGAAGAAGGCAGAAGAACGGAAGACGUACGUGCGAUGGGUGAUCAUCUACGAUGGUCGUUUCGGAUCCCGGCGCGUCAUGGAAGUAGAAGUUGACGAGGGCGCCAAUGCCAAUUUCCUCACCAAAGGAAUGGCCACCGACCGCCGAUUCCGGGUUCAGUCUCUCGAGGAGGCCUUUAACGGUGAGACGGUCAAUGGGGACGUCGUUUGUUAUGAGUACGCCCAGGUGACCCUCUGGAGCCAAAACUCAGAGGUCAAGCCCAUUGUGGCGGAUUUCUAUAUCCUUCCUGCCAAUGAGCCACCCAACGACCCCCGGAUCGACAAACCAAUUGUUGGACGCCAUUUGCUGCGGGACGCUGAACACCUGCUGCUGACCGAGAACCCCAGGGAUCCAGUCUGGUCCACCAAAAUGGGGAAAGAGAGUGCGUAUAUGAAAGAGCAAAGCCAGCAGCAAGCGGCAAAUGUGGAGGCAUAUCAAGCCAAUCAAUCACGAAACAGGGACGCGUCAAGAACCGAGGGUAGCAAGGACAAGCAGCAAAAGGGUGAAGACAAUUCAUCGCACCCAAAAGACAGGCAAGGCAAUUAG